GGAGCCCCUUUCUCAGCAGCACAGCACAGCAUCACCGCCUCGCCUCACUGAGAAAGGAACAGAGAGGAGAGAAAUGCAAAGGGAUGUAAGAUGGCAGAGCUACAAAUGCUAUUAGAGGAGGAAAUCCCUGCCGGUAAAAGAGCUCUGGUGGAAAGCUACCAGAACCUGUCCCGGGUUGCGGAAUACUGUGAAAACAAUUAUGUUCAGGCUCAAGACAAGAAGAAGGCCCUGGAAGAGACCAAGGCCUACACCACCCAGUCUCUGGCCAGCGUGGCCUACCAGAUCAAUGCCUUAGCCAACAAUGUGCUGCAGCUGCUGGACAUCCAGGCCUCGCAACUACGACGCAUGGAGUCCUCCAUCAACCACAUCUCCCAGACUGUGGACAUUCAUAAGGAGAAGGUGGCACGUCGAGAGAUCGGCAUCCUGACCACAAAUAAGAACACUUCUCGCACCCACAAGAUCAUCGCCCCGGGCAACAUGGAGCGGCCAGUGCGCUAUAUUCGAAAGCCAAUCGACUACACGCUGCUAGAUGAUGUGGGACAUGGUGUCAAACAACAUGGGAACAAUGCAGCAGGGCGAGGAGGGACGCUUUCCAGGACCAACCCGCCUACACAGAAACCCCCAAGCCCCCCAAUGGCUGGUCGUGGUACACUGGGGCGCAACACUCCCUACAAGACACUGGAGCCAGUGAAACCCCCGGUGGUGCCCAAUGACUACAUGACGAGCCCGGCUCGACUGGGCAGCCAGCAGAGCCCUGCACGCACAGCUUCGCUCAACCAGAGGCCCCGGACACACAGUGGCAGCAGUGGUGGAAGUGGCGGCAGGGAGAACAGUGGAAGCAGUGGAGUGGGUAUCCCUAUAGCAGUUCCCACCCCCUCCCCUCCCAGUAUGGGGCAAGUGGCGACAUCUUCAGCCUCAGUGCCCCAGGGUCCCGGAUUGGGUCCCAUCCCCAUGUCCCAAUUCGGCACCAUCUCCCGCCAAAUCUCCCGUCACAACUCCUCCACCACCUCCUCUGCUUCCAUGGUGUCGGCCACCGGCACCUACCGCCGCGCCCCUUCAGUCUCCUCCCAGCAGCCCCACAUCAACGGGGGCCCAGCCUACCCGCAGAACUCAGUAACAGACAGCCCAGCUCCGCCUCCUCCGCCACCCCCAGAGGACAUGGGCGUUUUUGAGGAGCCCUCCCCACCACCUCCUCCCCCACCCGUGGACUACGAGGAAGAGGAGGCCGCUGUGGUCCACUACAGUGAUCCUUACGCUGACGGAGACCCUCAGUGGGCCCCCAAGGUUUACUUAGAGAAAGUUGUGGCCAUCUACGACUACUCCAAGGAUAAAGAGGAUGAGCUGUCCUUCAUGGAGGGAGCCAUCAUCUACAUAAUCAAGAAAAACGAUGACGGUUGGUUCGAAGGCGUCUGCAACGGCGUCACCGGACUCUUCCCAGGAAACUACGUCGAGUCGAUCAUGCACUAUGCUGACUAAAAAGAAAAAAAAAAGAAAAAAACCCCAACAAAAACACACACGUACACACAGACACACACAAAGUGGCAGUGCAGUUUUAAAACAGAGGUGAAACAGUGAAGAUGUACAGAUGUAUGCAGUCCGGCGAUAGCAGUUCACACAGCUCCCAUUUUGAAUGAAGUGCCAUGGUGAAGUCUUUGGAAUUUACAAAUGGUUUUCUUUUUUUUUUUUGGCGGAGCUUGUGCUUGCACGGUUUUGUUCUGCUCCUAAAAAGAAUUUAAGAAAAAAAAAAAAAAAAAAAAAGGUGUCGCACAAAGAAGGAGGGCGCCGAAGCUUUUGGAAGAGUGGGGUCUGUUAGUUUACACUGUGGAUAAAAAAAGGGAGGGGAUAAAAGCUUUUUUUUUUUUUACUGUAACGGUCACAUUUUGCCUCACAAGAAAUAAAUCACUGAAAGAAGAGGGAAAAAAAGAGUAGUUUCAAACAAUACCAAGUAACUUAAAUGUAGUGUUAAUUUGUGUACGUGCAAAAUCAAACCCAUUUAACACAUUUCCAGUAUUUCCAGUAUGCAGUUGAUUCAGGAAAGUGAAGUAUUGCUGUGAUUUUUUUAAUUGAAUAGAUGAGGCAGUGUAGUGCUCCUUCCCUCUUCUUUUGCACUGUAGUCCAGCAGACCGGCCACAUUUAAAAGCUUUUCCCUCUUUUCA